AUGAUGCACUGGACUAAAAUGGAUAAAGAAGAGCUGCAGCGGCAGUACUCGCCCAGCCGGUGGUCCCGGAGGAUGGCGGCGGACGACGUGAUCAAAGCGCACGUGAAGGCGCUGCGGGAAGCUUAUUUUAAAAUGGACUGCGUAGAUUUUCCAAGAGUUUUACCAAACUCACCAAUGAAAGCAAGAGGACAAAUUCAGGUCAUCUUUGGGCCGAUGUUUUCUGGGAAGAGCACUGAGCUGAUGAGGAGAGUGCGGCGGUUCCAGAUAGCCCAGUACAAAUGCCUGGUGGUCAAAUACGCCAAGGACACUCGUUAUUCAGAGACGGGAAUGGCCACACACGACAAGAGCACUAUGGAGGCGGUGCCGGCCAACUGCCUGCGGGACGUCCGGCCCCUGGCGCUGCACGCCUGCGUGGUCGGGAUAGACGAAGGCCAGUUUUUUCCAGACAUAGUGGAGUUCUGUGAGGAGAUGGCCAAUUUAGGGAAGACGGUGAUUGUGGCCGCGUUGGACGGCACCUUUCAGAGGAAGCCGUUUGGAAACAUCCUGCACCUCAUCCCUCUGGCAGAGAGCGUGGUGAAGCUAAACGCCGUCUGCAUGCAGUGUUACAAAGAGGCUGCCUACACCAAGAGGCUCGGAGCCGAGAAGGAGGUGGAGGUGAUCGGCGGGGCGGACAAAUACCAGGCGGCCUGCAGAAAGUGUUACGGGGGUCUGAUGGGGGACAAAGAGAACAGCUCUCCCCCCCGGGAGGAAACGCCGCCGCACAUCCCCGCGGGAAAAGUCCAGGAACCCGGGGUUCCCCGGAAACUCUUCGCCCAAAUCCACCUCUGAGGACAAACAUGUAACGGGGGGAGAUCCUCGUUUUGGUGCUAAAUCCCCCGUUACAUGCUCUAAUGAAUUUAUAAUAUAAUUAAAAAUGUUUUAUUUCCACUUGCCACCUGUCAUGCUCAGCUGUUUAGGCUAAAGAUGACUUAAAAGUUCACUUAUUUCUUAACUAAAAGCUGAAGCUGCUCCCUUUUGAUUCAUAAAAUGAACCAAUAGGUGUCUGGUGUGUUGGAGAUUUUUUCUUUUUUGGUUCUUUAAAGAUACCUGGUUGUUAAUUCCGUUAGGGAAAGUCGUCUCGGAUGUCUGGAGUCUGUUUUUUUUAGCACCAG